UCAAUCGUACAUCAACAUGUAUUAUUAUUAGCACACAGAAAAGCAGAAUCUGGAGAGGAACAACAAGCUAAGCUCCCCCCAAAUGGAAGAGGGAACUCAAAUUCUGGAGAUCAACUUGAUCUCUGCUCAAUCCCUCAAAACCCCAGUCGCUAACUUGCGCCGUAUGCAAACUUAUGCCAUACUCUGGGUUGAUUCAUCAACCAAGCUUCGUACCAAGAUCGAUCAUCUCGGCGGUGAAAACCCUACAUGGAACGACAAAUUCCUCUUCCGUGUUUCGCCGGAAUUCAUUUCAGGUGAAACUUCCGGUGUCUCUGUUGAAAUCUACGCCGUCGGUUACAUCAAGGAUUUUCUCAUUGGUACUGUGCGUUUACUGAUAAGUAGUUGUCUUAAAGGAAUUGCGAAUCAUGGAAUUACUACUGCAACUCCGGCUUUCACUGCUGUACAAGUUAGGCGGCCUUCUGGAAGAUUCCAUGGAGUUUUGAAUAUUGCUGCUGCGGUGUAUAGUAGUUCGGAUUUUUCGUUGUUGAAUGGAUUAUCUGCCAUCUGCUUCGGGGAUUUGAUGGAAGAAAAAGAGAAUGGUAGUCGAUGGCGUCGGCGACGUCUUAGCCGUGGAGGAUCGAAGCGGAGCGAGCCACCAUCAUCAGGCAGCGAAUCUUACGAUUUCUCCGACGGCACUGAUUCGACAACUUCGUCGUCGUCGUCAUCGGCGGUGUCAAUGGCGUUGAAAGAUUGCAACUGUGUACCAACAGUUACAGAGAUGGCGGGAAAGAAAGAUUUGAAAUCAGACGGUGGAGGUUUGCUGUGUGGAUUGAUGCUGCAGAAGAAGAUCCCAUUCUGUCCGUUUGAUCAAAAUUCAGCGUUCUGGACUGAAUCCAUUGAGAAGGAACCAUAAUAAUAAACGGUCCAGAUUCUUCUUAUACAAAUCAACGGUGAUGAUCAACUCUGCAUGAGUACAACAAAUCAUUUCAGUUGCAAAAAUAUCAAAUCCACCCUUUGAGUCUCCUUAAUUGCAGAUUUCACCCAUUCAUUUGUUUUUUCAUUGCUAUUUUUUUGGUUAAUUUUGAUUAGCAAUUAACAUUUUGUGAUGUAACAUCUUGUUCUUGAUUCUGCAUUGGAUCAAACUGUUGUUUUGUGUUCCCUUAAUCUUGUA